CGCGGUACAUCCUGCAAACACAUCUGAGACUCCGAAAAAAAUCUCUGUACAGUUUCCCCUCACGCAUCGCCUCCGUGUUCCCACCGGGAUGGCUCGUUAUUUGACCACCGGAGAUGUCCCGACACUUUAGAUAAAGUCGUGUAUUUGUGUGCAGCUGACCCUGGAGGGUCGAUGUCCCUGUCGGACUUUAUGUGUUCAUGUUUUCACGCGCGACGGUGGGACAUCCGGAAUGGGGGAUCCGUAGGAGGAGAGGACGCUCGCUGGUGUGCUGUAAGUUAGCAAAUAGAGCGCACCAACGCGCGCGCGCACAGAGUCCAUACGCACGAGAUGGACUUCAAGAGGACAACAUUUGGAAGGUUCAUGAACUGCAGGGUCCCAGCCAGUAAGAGAUACCAGCCCACUGAAUAUGAACACGCUGCAAACUGUGCCACACAUGGGGUAUGGAUCCUCCCCAGUCUGGUGGGCGGGUCUGUGCUCUACUUCCUGUCUGUGGACCAAUGGCAUUGUGUGGCUGCCUGGCUCUAUGGGAGCGGUCUCACCGGCCUGUUCGUCACCUCAACACUCUUCCACACCGCUGCCUGGAAAAUCAGCCACCUCCGGAAGGUGGAGCAGCGUUUCCACAUGUGUGACAGAAUGGCCAUCUACUUCUUCAUAGCUGCCUCCUACUCUCCCUGGUUGAUGCUGAGGGAUCUGGGGCCCUGGGCGUGCCACAUGCGCUGGCUGAUAUGGCUCAUGGCGUGCGUAGGAUCCUUGUAUGUCUUCUUUUUCCACGAGAGGUACAAGCUGGUAGAGUUGUUUGGAUAUGUGGCCAUGGGGGUUGUUCCGGCUUUGGUCAUCCUGUCUAUGGUGGAGCGUGCAGGUGUGUGUGAACUGGCAGUGGGAGGAGUCUUCUACGUGGUGGGCGUGGUCUUCUUUAAGAGCGAUGGCCUCGUCCCUUUCGCCCACGCCAUCUGGCAUCUUUUUGUGGCAGCAGGAGCAUGCAUUCACUAUUACGCCAUCUGGAGGUACCUGUACUUACCUGGGCCGCUGCUGCAGACGUCCAGGUGACUAGCCUCUUCUAGUCAUUAGGCCGUUUUCUUCUGACUACAGCUAACCUGACUCAUGAAGCUGAACCUGGAGAGAUGGUGCUGAGAUGAUCCCAUCGCACUGACUGCCGCUGAUCAGAUGAAAUUCUCCACAGUUGGGUCUCAAAGACCCGGGGGAAUCUUUCUGUUACGCUAAAAGGCAUUUUUAAAAUGCUAAUUAUAUAACAGACUGAACAGUGAACAUUCAUACUGACUUACAAACUUACGCAAAGUUACAACUUGCAUUAUGCUGUCCAAGACCUUUUUUUCAUCAGAAAGAUAAAACAAAAAACAGCCCUGGGGUAAGAAUCUUAAUUUGUGUUCAUCACCUGCUGGGAGAUGUUUGUGCAAAUAAGGCAACAUAUAAUGUGCCAGCAAGAUUAGAUGACCAAUGCUGAGUGAAAGGAGUAGUUUGACAAUUUGUUAAUGCGCUUAAUUCCCUUUCUUACUGGGCGUUAGAUGACACUGAUACCACUCUCAUUUCUGCACUAAAUGUAUAGUCAGCAACUCUCUGUAAGAAUACGCAUCAAGCGUAUAAAAUGUUAUUUAAUCACACACACAGAACUGACGACAUACAGUCUGUGACUAAACUAUCCUAGGCUAAUUAAGUCCACCCUUAACAUAUCCUAACCAUAGGUUAUGUGCCAAAACAUUCCACAGGGGCAUUCCUCUAUCUUGGCGCUAACCCCUACUUUACUUUAUAUUGGUUUGGUCUAUUUUUGCACAGUGGC